CGCCCCGGGCGGGCGAGGCGCGGGAGAGGCGAUGGCGCCGGCGUUGUCGAAGCUGCGGGCCGAGGCUGGGCUCGGGGCGCUCCUGCGGCGGGCGCUUGCCCAGUACCUGCUUCUCCUGCGUCUCUACCCGGUGCUCACCAAGGCAGCCACCAGUGGUUUUUUGUCAGCACUUGGGAACUUCCUGGCCCAGAUGAUUGAGAAGAAGCAGAAAAAAGAAAACUGCUCACUGAAUCUAGAUGUCAAUGGGCCUCUCAGAUAUGCCAUUUAUGGGUUCUUCUUCACAGGGCCGCUGAGUCACUUCUUCUACCUCUUCAUGGAACACUGGAUCCCCUCUGACGUUCCCUUGGCAGGAGUCAAGAGGCUCCUCCUGGACCGCCUCAUCUUUGCCCCAGCCUUCCUGUUGUUCUUCUUCUUCAUCAUGAACUUUCUAGAGAGAAAAGACAUGGCUGCCUUUUCUGCUAAGAUGAGAAGAGGUUUCUGGCCAGCGCUGCAGAUGAACUGGAAAGUCUGGACACCACUCCAGUUCAUUAACAUCAACUACGUCCCUCUGCAGGUAGGGGCCAGCCCGGCCUUUUGCCCAGAGGCCCAGAGAUUGUGGGUUCCUUCUCCACCAAAGAUACUUUUCUAUCAGCUUUCUCUGUGUUCUUUCACCAGUCUGCAGUUUUCCUUGAGUCUUGGUUUUGCAUAGAUGUUGGAGUUAAAGUAAAAUCAUAAAAAUGGAGAGGCUUCCAAUAAUUUUAGUAGUAACACUUAUCAGUGAACUUCACAGGAACAAUUUCAGUGGAUCGGUAGGGGCUGAAGCCAGAUGGCAGUGAAUUCAGGAGUGAAUGGGGAAGUAAAAAAGAAGACAUCACGAGUAUGGAAAAAUUCUUGCGAGAAGUUUGUGAAGAGAUGGGGAGAAACAAUAGGUAGAAGAGAGUGUGAGGUGGAGUAGAAUGUCUUUAGGCUAGGAGAAGUGUGACCAUUUUUAGAUGCAGAUGUGGAGCUGCUUGUGGGAUGGGCAAAAAAGAGAGACAGUUUUGUGGAGUGCUGUCCCUAAAGAGGCAGGCAGGAUAGCAUUCCGAGCAUAAGCAGAGAUGUGCUUUAGACAGAGAACCCCUUCUUCCACAGGAGAGAGAGAAGAUAAGUGUAAGUGGGGUGCUGGGAAGGUGAGUGGGGUAUCUCCCACUUCCCAGCGGGCUGUCUGACUCACAUGUGUUCUCUUUGGCAGUUCCGGGUACUUUUUGCCAACCUGGUGGCUCUGUUCUGGUAUGCCUACCUGGCCUCUCUGGGCAAGUGAAGAUGGCCUGGGAAGAACCAUCAGAAGCACUACAGAUGUUGGUCUGGGGAGGCAUCUUCACCUAGCAGGUGUUUGAGAACAGAAUCAAAACUCAGGAAUUUAUCUGAGUUUAAAUCAUACUACCCAAGAGGCGCUAAAAUGAUGGAUAACGCAAAAGCCAAACCCAUUGCCGUCGAGUCAAUUCUGACUCAUAGCGACCCUAUAGGAUAGAGAAGAACUGCCCCAUAGUUUCCAAGGAGUGCCUGGUGGAUUUGAACUGCCGACCUUUUGGUUAGCAGCCAUAGCUCUUAACCACUACACCACUAGCGUUUCCAAAAUGAUGGAUACAGAAAUAGAAGUCUCUUCACGGUGGAAUCGUGUGUUUUGAAAAGGCGGUAGCUGAUUCUAAAUGGUGCUGUCCUUGAAACGUAAAACAUAGUAGAGAUGAUUUCGGUCAUCACUGUGGACUGAAUCAGGAUCACAAUAAACUGUAAGGUAGCUUCUUUAGUGGUCAUUUUAAUUUCUCAGAAUGGUGGUUGUAACUUUGGAAGAAAUGUGUGGUCAGAGAGCUGCUCUCAAAUUUAAAAAGAACUGCUUUUUCAUUUCCGAAUACAUGGGGGUGGGGUGUACUAGUUCCCAAAAGGAAGACAUUUAGGGCAGAUGGAAAGUAACCAAUGUCUCCUACAAUUGAUGUGGGUGGUGAUGACUCCAGCUCUAACCUGUCAAGUUACAAUGAAUUCCACUCCAACCCCAGCCUGACAGAGGAUGAAGGAUUGGGACCUCGGAGAGAUUUUAAUUAUUUUCUGUGAUCAGUCAGUAUUAACUGACAUCCGCUGCAGGUUUACUU